ACGGUCACCUCUCUCCCUUUACUCUUUAUAAACACCACCAUCUUUCUUUGUCUUCUCACUACAAACUUUCUUGUUCUUCUUGCUCUACCUUUCUCUCUCAAAAGGCAAGAAAUCAAAGAUUUGGUUAGUCAAGUGAUCGAGAAAUCAAGAAAAUGAGCAGAGCAAACAUGCAAGACCCUAAAAAGAAGAUUUCAUGUAGAAGACUUGGAGGAUACAUUAGAGAACAAAAAGGAAGGCUUUACAUCAUCAAAAGGUGCAUAGUUAUGCUUCUUUGUUGGCAUGAUUAAUAUUCCAAGAUUUUGGAGCUUCAAAUCAUCACCAUUAGUGAAGCAAAAUUUAAGUGUCAUCUUCUUUUUUUUCUUCCCUGUUGGUGAAUUUGCUUCUUCAAGGCUAGAACUUCCAAUCUACAAUCUUCAAGAAGAUGAUAGCUCCAAUACUACUAAGUGAGCUUGCAUGGAAAAUAUUUAUAGCUUUACUUGUGCUCUUCUUCACUUCUUAUUAUCUUCUUGUUUAGGACUCUUUAUAUUUCUUUUUAAUUAUUCGAAAUGUAAAUAGAAAUUAAAGAGCAAUAUAAUGUUUAAUUCUUAAUAAGUU